AUUUAGAUAAACUGUUCAGAACCGGGGAUUUUUUUGUCGGAGGAUGACGGCAACAGUAGAACAAACAAAUAAAGAAAAUGCUUUUGACCUACACCGGAGACAGCCAGGCUACACCAGACUAAAUGACCUCAACAGUCCUGCGACAAAAUCGAACGAGUGAGGAGAGAUGAUGGUAGUGAGCGAUCCGUCGCUGCUUUACGAUGCUGCUGAUUGCCGGUUUGCGCUCAGAACGGCGUCGCUGCGCGGGUCUUCCUCAGGCUUUAGUGCCGCGUUGAUUAAAACUUGAAGAAAAUCGAGAAUAGCGACCAAAUAUGACUAUCCCGAAAGACAUUCCCGAGAAGUGGUUUCCUCUCUUUCUUCCACUCAAAAGGAAGAAACAAGAGAGACUCAGUGCAGCUAAAGAGACAAGAAGCGGGACAGAGGAGGAGAGGAAGGUGAGGGCCAACGACAGGGAGUAUAACGAAAAGUUCCAGUACGCGAAUAACUGCAUCAUGACCUCCAAGUACAACAUAAUCACCUUCCUCCCAGUCAAUCUCUUCGAACAGUUCCAGGAAGUGGCCAACACGUACUUCCUCUUCCUGCUGAUACUGCAGUUGAUCCCUCAGAUUUCCUCCCUGUCCUGGUUCACCACCAUUGUGCCUUUAGUGUUGGUGUUGAGCAUCACUGCAGUGAAGGACGCUACUGACGAUUAUUUUCGUCACAAGAGCGACAACCAGGUGAACAAUCGCCAGUCUCAGGUCCUCAUCAACGGCACCCUUCAGAACGAAAAGUGGAUGAACGUGAGAGUGGGUGACAUCAUCAGGCUGGAGAACAACCAGUUUGUGGCAGCUGACCUGCUCCUGCUCUCCAGCAGCGAACCCCACGGAUUAUGUUACAUCGAGACUGCAGAGCUAGACGGCGAGACCAACAUGAAGGUGCGUCAGUCACUUCCUGUCACCUCCGAGCUCGGGGACCCCAACAGCCUGGCCCAGUUUGACGGCGAGGUGAUCUGCGAGCCGCCCAACAAUAAGCUGGACCGCUUCUGCGGCACGCUGUACUGGAGGGAGAACAAGUAUGGCCUGAGCAACCAGAACAUGCUGCUGCGCGGCUGCGUGCUGCGUAACACCGAAAGCUGCUACGGCUUGGUCAUCUUUGCAGGUCCAGACACCAAACUGAUGCAGAACAGCGGCCGCACGAAGUUUAAGAGGACCAGCAUAGACAGGCUGAUGAACACACUGGUGCUCUGGAUCUUUGGCUUCCUGGUCUGCAUGGGUGUGAUCCUGGCCAUCGGGAAUGCAGUAUGGGAGAAGGAGGUGGGCUCCCUGUUCCAGAGCUACCUGCCCUGGGACCCCCCUGUGGACAACUUCCUCUUCUCUGCCUUCCUGGCCUUCUGGUCGUACGUCAUCAUCCUCAACACUGUGGUGCCCAUCUCCCUCUACGUGAGCGUGGAGGUCAUCCGGCUGGGCCACAGCUACUUCAUCAACUGGGACCGUCGCAUGUUCUGCCAGCGGCGCAACACGCCGGCGGAGGCGCGCACCACCACGCUGAACGAGGAGCUGGGCCAGGUGGAGUACAUCUUCUCCGACAAGACCGGCACCCUCACGCAGAACAUCAUGACUUUCAACAAGUGCUCCAUCAAUGGCCAUGCCUAUGGGGAAGUGAUUGACACUCUGGGAGCACAGCCCAAGAGGGCCCAGCGGCUGGACUUCUCCUUCAACCCACUGGCCGAUCGGGAUUUUUGCUUUUACGACCAGAACCUGCUGGACUCUGUGAAGCUGGGCGAGCCGCCGGUGCACGAGUUCUUCCGCCUGCUGUCACUGUGCCACACGGUCAUGAGCGAGGAGAAGAGCGAAGGGGAGUUGGUGUACAAGGCCCAGUCACCCGACGAGGGCGCCCUGGUCACUGCCGCCCGCAAUUUCGGCUUUGUGUUCCGCUCCCGCACCCCGAGCACCGUGACUGUCCAGGAGCUGGGCCACCCCGUCACCUAUACGCUGCUGGCCAUCCUGGACUUCAACAACAUCCGCAAGAGGAUGUCCGUCAUCGUGCGGAACCCAGAGGGGAAGAUCCGGCUGUACUGCAAGGGUGCCGACACGCUACUGUUCGAGCGGUUGCACCCCUGUAACCAUGACCUCAUGAACGUGACCUCAGACCACCUCAAUGAGUAUGCCGCCGACGGGCUGAGGACUCUGGUUUUGGCCUGCAGGGACCUGUCGGAGCAGCAGUGGGAGGACUGGGCCGAGCGGCACCGCAGCGCCGAGAGAGCCGCCGACUACAGGGAGGACCGGCUGGCGGCGGCAUACGAGGAGAUCGAGCAGGACAUGAUGCUGCUGGGAGCCACAGCCAUAGAGGACAAGCUGCAGGAGGGGGUACCUGAGACCAUCGCCAUCUUGUCUCUCGCCAACAUCAAGAUCUGGGUCCUGACUGGAGAUAAACAAGAGACGGCGGUAAACAUCGGCUAUUCCUGCAAGAUGCUGACGGACGACAUGAGCGAGGUGUUCAUCAUCAACGGGCACACGGUGCAGAGCGUGCGCGAGGAGCUGAGGCGGGCGAGAGAGCGGAUGAUCGAGUCGGCGCGCUCCAGGGACGGGGGCAAGGAGGGAGUGAUGGAUUGGGCAGCCUGCUCCUUGGAGAAUGGUUUCGGGGGGCAAAGCGGAGUGCAGGGGGGCUGGCACCAGCAGCAGGAAGAGAAGCCCCAGCAAGGCGCCCCCCCCGCUCCAGCCUUGCCCAGCCUGCUGGACUCCAUCUCAGGAGAGUACGCCCUGGUCAUCAGCGGACACAGUCUGGCCCAUGCUCUGGAGGCUGACAUGGAGCGCGAGUUCCUGGACACGGCGUGCGCCUGCAAAGCGGUGAUCUGCUGCCGGGUCACGCCCCUGCAGAAGGCCCUGGUCGUGGAGCUGGUCAAGAAGCACAAGAAGGCCGUCACCCUGGCCAUCGGGGACGGAGCCAAUGACGUCAGCAUGAUCAAGACUGCCCAUAUCGGUGUAGGUAUCAGUGGCCAGGAGGGCAUACAGGCCGUGCUGGCGUCAGACUACUCCUUCUCCCAGUUCCGCUUCCUGCAGCGCCUCCUGCUGGUCCACGGCCGCUGGUCCUACCUGCGCAUGUGCCGUUUCCUCUGUUACUUCUUCUACAAGAACUUUGCCUUCACCAUGGUGCACUUCUGGUUUGGGUUCUUCUGCGGCUUCUCUGCCCAGACGGUGUAUGACCAAUACUUCAUCACCCUCUACAACAUCGUGUACACAUCCCUGCCAGUCCUAGCUAUGGGCAUUUUUGACCAGGAUGUCCCAGAGCAGCGCAGUCUCGAAUACCCCAAGUUGUAUGAGCCGGGCCAGCUCAACCUGCUCUUCAACAAGCGGGAGUUCUUCAUCUGCAUCGCGCAAGGCAUCUAUACCUCGGUGGUGCUCUUCUGCGUGCCCUACGCGGUGCUUUCCCAGGCCACGCGCAACGACGGCAUCCCCCUAGCCGAUUACCAGACCUUUGCAGUCACCGUGGCAACCUCCCUGGUUAUCGUGGUUAGCGUGCAGAUUGCACUGGACACUGGCUACUGGACGGCCAUCAACCAUUUCUUCGUCUGGGGCUCCCUUGGCGCCUACUUCACCAUCUUGUUUGCCAUGCACAGCAACAUACUCUUCAGCAUCUUCCCAAACCAGUUCCACUUUUUCGGCAGUGCUCAGAACACCCUGAUACAGCCCGUAGUGUGGAUGACCAUCGCUCUGGCGACUGUGGUCUGCAUCGUUCCAGUCCUGGCAUUCCGCUUUCUCAAACUUGACCUUAAACCUCAGCUCUCAGACACGGUGCGAUACACCCAACUCGUGCGUCAGAAGAAACGGAAGCCGGGAGGACGUGGUGGGCGUGGUGCCCAUGGAGGCGUGGCCGGGCUGGGAGGCGGGGCUCUGGGUCGGCUGGGCCGGGCCGGUUCGCGGCGCUCUGGCUACGCCUUCGCCCACCAGGAGGGCUUCGGGGAGCUCAUCACCUCAGGGAAGAACAUGCGGCUCAGCUCCUUGGCGCUGGCCACCUUCGCCUCACGCCACAGUGCCAGCUGGAUCGACACACUGCGUAAAAAGAAGCAGCAGCCCGCCCAGCCCGGGGGCGAGGGCAGCCCAGCCUCGUCCUACACUGCUCCCCUCUCCACCUCCUCCUCCAUGCUGGGACCCCCAGAUACCCAGGCGGAAGAGGUGGCGAACACCCCGCUGGGCCUGGCCCCCUCCGGCAGCGGCAGUGCCGUCACCCCCACCCCAGCGAGGAGUCCGGGGGGAGAGUCAACCGGAGGCUGGGCAGUCAGCCUUGGAGCUGUGCAGGAGGCGCUUUUUGGCUGGAGGGGGGUGGGCGCCCGCAUCAGUGGGGCCAGCAGCCCAGGACCCCCUCCCAUCGUCGAGGAGACCUCUAUGGCCGAGUGAGGCGCAUCACAGCGGAGAGGCUGCUCCGGGUUAAGCUCCGACCGAACGUCCCACUUUGCACAGCUGAACUGCUGGUGCCCGUGUUCAGGGGAAGGCGCCUGAACCAUUGGCCACUUUGAGCAGAAAGGACACAGUGUCUCCUGAGCACCGCUAUGGCCAAGGGGCCCCUUCUGACGAGAGGCUCACAGCCACAGCCAGCCUACGGGAGGGAAAACGGCAACACCACAAAGACAAGUCUCCACAUCCGUGAGAGCGGUUCUCUUUUCCGUCCGUUUGGACAGCGCCACUGACCUGAGCCAUGCCUCCUAUGCACAGCAACGUGAAAUACAUAAAUGCAAUAUAAAAAUGAGACAGUGUGAUUACAGUUUGAUUACAUUUCCACUGUGUGCAGACUACUGCGUAGCCAUGGAGACGAGGAAAACGGAGAGUAAAAAGUAUAACAAACGAGUAAUAAUAAUACUGAAAGUGUUGCAGGGUGCCGUGCUAAUCUACUUUUGUAAGAAACUACCGCACCUGCAUUAAAUAACUAAAAUCCCAAGCUUGCUGAGUUACUAAGCUGAUCCUACACUUUGGAGCGCUCAUUCUGAGAUCUGCAUUGUGUUACAAAGGGUUCUAAAGCUUAUUCCACAGACAGCAUCCAUAAAGACUCUCAGGCAGUCGAUGGGAGCUGGUGUCUCUCGAAUGCUGACGUCAGACGGUCGAUCUGCCUCCACUGCGCUGAUUCUUUGAACAGUUGCGCAGUGCGGCCAACGCCAUUUACUCUGUUUUACGUCCAUUAAAAAGGAAAACCGCUGUUCCUUUCAACAGUUACCACCUGGGUCAACAAUGAGUCACAUCGGUUCCCCUUUUACCGCUGCUCCUGUGGUCCGUAGUGUUUUAAGACUAACUUGUGAAAAUACGCCGUGACGUAGAAACCGGUCAGGGUUACCACAAAUACCAACGGUAAACAGCGUGAAUUAGAAGCGCGAGCGGCAAGUCGCUAUCUCCGCAGUGAUGUAUCCCAUCUGCCUGAGGAUGACGGAUUUCGUCCGGAUGGAAUUCAGAACUGGCAGCCAAUGACUGUAUUCGGGAUAUGGACGCUGUUCGCUUGGACCGCCUGGACAGCAGGAAACGCUGAGAGAGCGAUGUCUGUGCGCACUUCAGUUCUCAGUGAGAACGCAUAUCUGCCUGACCGAACCAGCCCCGGAUACAGCACCCUACGCGUCCAGCCCCUAUUUCUCUGCACCAUAUUGGUGCACUCCCACAGAUAAAGCACUCCGAACCAGGCAGGUCUGAACUCUGUCGCCGUGCGUUUUCGAUAAGAAUAACUCAACCUGCAUUUAUCAGGCCAACGCACGUAGAUAGGACUUGGGAAAAUUUGGGAUUCUUUAAAGACUAUUGAUUAGCUCGAACGUCUAUAAGGCGUGGGAUCCUCGCAGAACGACAGACAGCUUGACGGAGUACAGAAAAUGAAGUAAAAAAAAAAUUAAAAGCUCUGACUCCUGAAAAAAUAGCAGAUCCUCACUGCUUUGUCUUCUCAAUCAGUUUUGAAUAAAGAAAGUAGUAAAGUGCAAUGUUAGCUUUCAAAUUGUUAUAUAGUAAAUUGAAAUAGAGCAUAUUUGACAUGGUUAGUAACCUGGUCAAAACUUGAGUUUGGUCAAGCCAAUCUUGUAUCUGCCUGGCCUUUUCUGUUGCUGUCUAGACUGUGAAAACUCAGUGUUCAAACUGAACAGGUGGUUUAAAGGCAGUCAAUAAAUUAUCUGAUUGGCCCUCGCGCUCUUGAGGGCAGCAUAUCA